UCACACGCUGGCUUUCUGAUUCUGAAGUGUCCGCUCGCCGGCAGAAGAUCUUUUCCCACGCGCCUCUGUUUAUGGAUAUCCUGAAUAGGUGACUCUGGAGAGGUGCUACGUGUGCUCCCUUCGAUAGCUCAGCUGGUAGAGCGGAGGACUGUAGUGCGCUUCCCGUGCGGUCAUCCUUAGGUCGCUGGUUCGAUUCCGGCUCGAAGGAGGAGCUCCAGUUUUGGUGUAACCCAAGAAUCCGUCGCUUUCUUGUUUCUUUGGGGGGGUCUUCUAGAGUUGCUUUGUCCAGACCUUAUUCCUGUCCCAAAGAAAGAGUUUGAGCUUCACCAAGCAUGUGUGAACAAGUGGAUCCUGUUCGGCACAGGUUCUAGGGAGGAGGCGACUGCGAGCCAACUCUGGCAGCGAAUUGGAAAGGCUGGGAGCUAAUUUUAAUUUUCCCUCAGAUGUGUUCUUUUGGCUUCUAUUUGAUCCUACCUAGAUCGCUGCCUGAAGUCUACGGUUCGAAAACCCAAGACCACUGUUUGGUACAGAAGAACAUUGUCUAUAAACGCUGUAUGCACAUGUCUGCGCCCUACGGGCUGAGAGGCCCCAAUUUGCAAAAGAAAACCCCUAAACUGUGACCCUUGUCCCGAGUGUUCGCCCGCACUCUAUAUACACAGCCAUUCAGGGGGAGGCCCUUACAAGACAACUUUUAUAUAUUUUUAUACUUUUACAAAAAAGAUUUUCAGCCAGAGCAGUUAACUGCAACAGGUUUGGACGUGAGUUGGGCUGAGCCUAGGAGAGAAUUCCAGACCCAGGAAACAAGUGAGGCAAAGGUGGGGAGAUGGAAAAGUCGAUUCUCCCUCAGGGGCCUAACUAUCCCCACACGCGCCAGACGGCCGCACGUCCCACUGACCUCGGCUCCCCAUAUGUUGAGGCCCACCAUUUCCUGCCCCUAGGGUGUUAGGCUCGCGCGAGGUAGCCGCAAGCGUGUCCGGCCUGGGCUCAGGACCCUACAGCCUCGCAGGCGAGGUUGGCUCGGACCCUCGGGCCCCCGCCAGGCUCCCUCCAGGAUCCAGCUCGCAGCUUCAGCCGUCUGGCGGUGCGCGGUGGAGCCCAACACGCCGCCCGAGGUCUGAAAAGUCGCCUCUCUUCACCCUAUCCGGCCUCUGGAGGGCUCCAAAACGUGGAUCGGGGAGAAUAAGCGAAGCUAGAACCCGUGUCAGCUUUCAAAAGGGUGAGACUUUGUGAAGAUGGGAGAAAGGGCUGCAAGGCAAAAGGUAAUGUCACCACAUGCAAACAGAACUCAGGAGCAGCCUGGCGGCCAACUGUGAAUGGAAAAGUAAUGUUCAGAGGAAACAUGGGCAAACCUUCGCUGUCGUGGCUCGUUGGUCUAGGGGUAUGAUUCUCGCUUUGGGUGCGAGAGGUCCCGGGUUCAAAUCCCGGACGAGCCCAGACUUUUGCUUUUUCUCCUUCCUUCCAAACUACGCCAAAGUUAGUUCUGUACAAACUUUCUCACUUUCCGACUGUCCUGCAAAAGAAAGGUGCACUGGACGAACACGUGCCAGGUGAGGCUGAUGAGCUAUGAGGGAAGAAACUGCCUGGUCUCCUGGACUCUCCGCCAGCGGACACUUCGGAGGGACCGCCUCGCUCCUGGGAGCGGGGACCGGUGUCCCAAGGCCCGCUGUCCCCGGAGGUCGCGUCCUAGAGGCCGCGGCGCGUGGGGCUUGGGGCUCCAAGGCCCUCUCCCCUUCCAGGCAGGGACCUGCUCCCAGCUCCUGCUCCAGAGGCAGGUCCCGGCCGGAAAGGCCCGCUGGGGGAAACAGGGCGCGGUCCCAACUGCACAGAGGCUCCAACGCCGUCCUCCUCCCCGCCCCCUUUCCGCUGCAUCCCCCGCCCGUCGGUGUAGCAGUGUACACAAUCGCAAACUGACCCACCCAGGAUCCAAAAUAGGAUUCAAAAAAACGUCUUUGCGUUUUCUACCAGCUCCCUAUCCUCAAACAAGGGGAGGGGAAGAAGCCGGUGAGAAAAACCUCUCUUUCCGCAGCCCUGCGCGUUUCUGCAGCCUUGCUCCGAGGCCGAGAACAAUCGUGUGGAUCAGGGACACACCUGUCCCUUCCUUUCCAGAGACUUCAGUAACCCUGAGGCACCAGAGCACAUGGUCUGACCUGUUGCUGUAGCUCUUGUCCAGACUCGACUCAACUCUGUCUCAACAGGAGCCUCCUCCAGGAAGGUAU